AUGAACCACCAUGGACGAUGGAAGAGGAAGAUAUGCCGCUUGACAGCUUUGAUCGGCCGACAGUGGCUCAGUGUGCCGUGUGCCAGACCCCAGACCUUGGUCGAUCCUGCAGAGAAGAAGCAAACUGUUUCAGCACAGGAUGUGAUCUGGCCCAAGCUGGGUGUAGCCAAGCACAGAGAAAGCUGUGGCACUCUAGCAGUUCCCAGUGCUAUGAAGAAGGCAGAAGGAGCCCUCGAGGUUGAUGACAUUGUGGACAAGUGCUUGGAAGUGAAGGGAGGAAAGCCUGGAAAACUUGUGAACAUCCCAGAGGCACAGGUCAAAGGCUUGUGCAGUGCUGCCCGCACAGUCUUCUUGGAGCAAAGUGCAUUGCUUGAGUUGGAAGCUCCCCUGAAGAUUUGUGGGGAUGUGCAUGGCCAAUACCAUGACCUGCUUCGCCUGUUCGAAUAUGGCGGCUUCCCACCUGAGAGCAACUACCUCUUCCUGGGUGAUUAUGUGGAUCGAGGCAAACAAAGCCUUGAGACGAUCAUCCUGCUCUUUUCCUACAAGGUCAAGUUUCCUGAGAACUUCUUCUUGCUGCGAGGGAACCACGAGUGUGCUUCAAUCACGCGAAUCUAUGGCUUUUACGAUGAGUGCAAAAGGCGCUACAACAUCAAGCUUUGGAAGCAGUUCUGCGACGUCUUCAACUGUAUGUCUGUAUGUGCCAUCAUUGAUGAGAAAAUCAUUUGUAUGCACGGUGGAUUGUCCCCAGAGAUCACAUCUCCUGAUCAAAUCAAAAGGCUGGUGAGGCCAACUGAUGUGCCCGAUACUGGCUUGAUUUGCGACCUCUUGUGGGCAGAUCCGGAUAAGGAUAUUGCUGGGUGGGCUGAGAAUGAUCGCGGUGUCUCCUUCAUUUUUGGACCUGAUGUGGUAUCAACCUUUUUGCAGAAGCACGAGAUGGAUUUGGUCUGCCGAGCUCAUCAGGUGGUCGAGGACGGCUAUGAGUUCUUUGCCAAGCGCCAGCUCAUCACCCUAUUUAGUGCUCCGAACUACUGUGGUGAGUUUGACAAUGCAGGGGCGAUGAUGAGCAUCGAUGAGACACUCAUGUGCAGCUUCAAAGCCAAGCCCUUGCAGUUUUUUGAGCGUUCGUUUUUUUCCGCCGGCUUGGUGUGCAACUGA